AUGUCGGCGUCACCUAAAAAUAAUAAUAUCAAUAUCGCAGAUUUUUUAUACGACAUCAAUGGCGAACUCUUGAAAACUCUGGAACCAAAGAUGAGUUCUCUGUUCGAUGUAGAAAUACCGCCUGAUGGUCGAUUUGUCGCUGUUUGUGGAUUUGCAGGAGAAGAAGAAUGGUCCUUGCUGAUGGGAGCUAGUGCAGACCGUGUUCGCUUAGCUAUGAGCCCUUCCGUGAAUGAUGUGCAUGGUGAUCAGCGGAUACCGGUCAUCAAUUAUUCACCAUGUGGGCGAUUAAUAGCUACUUGUGGGGACCGGUACGUUCGUGUAUUCCGAAACAUACCUGAGUAUCACAGCCAGAAUCUGAAGGAUGUCACUGGUGACGCUCCGAGAAGACGUAUGCUUAAGCAAAUCGAGGAGACCAGACAGAUUUUGGAAAAGUAUUGUGUGUAA